CGGUGCAGGAGUGGCCAAAGCCUAAAGCAGCGAUUCAGAUCAGAUUUCACCUAAACCAGCUGGGAGAGAGACCGAGAGAAAGCGAGAGAGAGGGUUUGUCAGUCUCCCUCCUCCCAAAUCCAGAAAAGCUUACCAAGGAAAAAGGAGGAGUGGGCUGGGAGAGAGACACCGAGGAAUCCAGAGGAAUUUCUGAGGAUAUUUUCUCUUCUUUCUUUUUUCCUCUCUUCCCCUCUUUGAUAUUAAAAUUUUAAAAGUUGGAGUGGAGGCAGCAGGGACCGUGGUCAAGGAUGGAUGAGCAGCCUCGGCUGAUGCACUCCCACGGGGUAGGCAUGGCCGGACACCCCGGCCUGGCGCAGCAUAUGCAGGAUGGCACGGCAGGGACGGACGGAGAGGGAAGAAAGCAGGACAUCGGAGACAUAUUACAGCAAAUAAUGACCAUCACAGACCAAAGCUUAGACGAAGCACAGGCGAGAAAACAUGCACUCAACUGCCACAGAAUGAAACCGGCUCUCUUCAACGUCUUAUGUGAAAUAAAGGAGAAAACAGUGCUCAGUAUUCGAGGUGCCCAGGAGGAGGAGCCUCCAGACCCCCAGCUGAUGAGACUGGACAACAUGCUGCUGGCGGAGGGCGUGGCCGGACCGGAGAAAGGCGGCGGGUCGGCAGCUGCGGCCGCCGCAGCGGCAGCCACCGGCGGCAUUGGCGCCGACAACUCAGCAGAGCACUCUGACUAUCGGGCCAAGCUGUCUCAGAUCCGGCAAAUUUACCACACGGAGCUGGAGAAGUACGAGCAGGCGUGCAAUGAGUUCACCACCCAUGUGAUGAACCUGCUGAGGGAGCAGUCUCGAACACGACCCAUCUCGCCCAAAGAGAUCGAGCGCAUGGUCAGCAUCAUCCACCGCAAGUUCAGCUCCAUUCAGAUGCAGCUGAAGCAGAGCACCUGUGAAGCUGUUAUGAUCCUGCGCUCACGCUUUCUUGAUGCCAGGCGAAAAAGGAGGAACUUCAACAAACAGGCGACAGAGAUCCUAAACGAGUAUUUUUACUCCCAUCUCAGUAACCCCUAUCCCAGCGAGGAGGCCAAAGAAGAACUGGCCAAAAAAUGUGGCAUCACAGUGUCACAGGUAUCAAACUGGUUCGGGAACAAGAGGAUCCGAUACAAGAAAAACAUCAGCAAGUUCCAAGAAGAGGCCAACAUGUAUGCAGCGAGGACUGCAGUCAAUGCAACCAGCGUGUCCGCUCACGGCAGCCAGGCCAACUCCCCAUCUACUCCCAAUUCAGCAGGUUCUGCUGGCUCUUUUAACAUGUCAAACUCCGGAGACUUGUUCAUGAGUGUGCAGUCCCUCAAUGGGGACUCGUACCAAGGGGGGCAGGUUGGGGCCAACAUACAAUCCCAGGUGGAUACCCUUCGCCAUGUUAUCAGCCAGACCGGAGGAUACAGUGACAGCCUCGCAGCCAGCCAGAUGUACAGUCCACAGGGCAUCAACACAAACGGUGGCUGGCAAGAUGCUCCGACUCCUUCGUCAGUGACAUCGCCCACAGAAGGACCCGGAAGCGUUCAUUCAGAUACUUCCAACUGAAUAUAUCCAUCUCUACACUCCAUCCACGAAAAACAAACAAAAAAUGUAAAAAACAUGAACUGACGUUGCUAUUCGCAGUAUUAAAAAAAAGAAGAAGAAAAAAAGGAAUUCACUGCCCCACCGUACGGCGAGGUACCACGAAAUCCUAACCAGAAAAAUUCAAUAAUAUUUCCUCUGCUUAUAACGAUGGACUUUUGGGAUACAAACAAAAAGUUUCACAAUAAAAAAUAUUUCAAAAAAUUAAACGAUAUUGCAAUCAAUGGAGAUGUUUGUACAGAUUUCACAUUAUAAUCGGAGGGCUGGGGUUCCUUAUUCACUCGUAAUGUUUUCGCUCAUUAUGACGAUAAGAUAAAGCAAAGAAAUAAAAUCAUUGGUUUUAACUGAAAAUACUUCAUUCUACCUCUCAGCCACUUAAAAAAAACAACAAAAAAAGUAGAAAAAUGUCAGUGACCAUUAUUUGUUUUGUAAAAAUGAAACUUUUGUCUUUGCGAGCAAGAGGCACAUCUUCUUACUUACAUUUUGUUGUCUCUCACCUAUUCUAUGGUACGCCAUUUAGACUUAAAUAUUGCUCAGUUGUUUACAAUGUGUGCUUGACAAAAAGUAUGUUCAUCUUCCCCUCGCUGUCUCCGACGAGUCAAAACCAAGUUCUGUCAGGAGAUUUUUACCUCUAAGGUAACCCUGUGAAGUAUGUUAUCUGUAAAACAAUAAAUAAAUACCUGUCAUCAAAUCAGACAAGCUUGACAUUAUUCAUUAAGAAUCAUUAACCUAGACGAUUUUACACAAUGUUGGUUUUGGUUCUGCAGAUACACGAAUGACAGAUUUAAUAGGAAAAGUAAGAAUUGUGUUUUUCUGAGUUCUUCUUUAUCGCAGCAGAUUCUGAUCAUGCCAAAACAAAACUGCUCAGUUUACUCGCCGUGUUUGGUUACUUUGUUACUAAUCCCGAUCCUUUCCGAGAGAAAGAUGAAAAGAAAUAUUACUUUCAUCGCAGACAAAAGUUUGUCAAAGACGCAUGUAACUCAGUUUGUUGCAAUCCACUUAAACAGGGAAGUCAUUAUGCUAAUAGAGUUUUACAUGCUCGCACAGUGGAUCUUUGCUCCUGAAGCUGCGGCGCAGGCCCACAGAUGCUCGUAGCAUGAAGCCAAUGAUCACCGUCACGACGGAAGGAGCAGGUGGAUGAACUGCGGCUCAGCUGAGGACAGUUUUUGACGUGUUACGCAUUUUUUGUUGAAUUGUGUCCUUGUUAGGAUGUUCAUUUGCAUAUAAAUCAGUGCAUUAUUCUGCUGGAAGUGCUUUAGUAACUCUAGAACUGACACCAAAACAAAUAUAGAUGUUCAAAGUCAUGCUUGCCUCCGUACCUAUCAGGCUGAUUCUUCUCAGUAUCAAAGUUUUACAAGGAAGCGUUAACGAUGAAGUACUUAAAGAAGGGACGAGUCAUUCUGUCAAAUAAUGUGUUUUCUGAGCAGUCUAACCUUGUUUAUAGACACUUUUUAUGUUGUGUGGCCUAUUUGUUUGUAUUUGUAUUUUUUUUAUGGUGUGCUUAAUGUAGGCUCCUAUUUUUUUUUGCUUUUUUGUUUGUUUGUUUUCCUAUUCUUGUGAAUUAGCUCAUGGGUUUUCAACAUGUGUUAAUGUGCACCACUGUGCUUGACUUGCUUUGUUGGAAAAGGGUUUUCAACACAUUAAAAUGAUAUGUAAU